AUGAAGAUUUUGAGACAGAUAGAUGACGAUUACCGCCUAAGUGUCGAUUGGCUCUGGCAAAAGCAUGAAAAUGAAAAUAUUGUUGAGGUUUUCGAUGCCCCAGAUAAAACAUACGCAUGCUUUGGAAUAUUUUUGGUUGAUAGAUUGAAGUUAUCUGAAAAAAAAAUUUUAGACACCAUACAUGAUAGUUUAACACAAGAAUUUAAAUAUUGGAAUGAAAACUACCCGUGGUCAGAAUUAUCUAACUUUAAAUUACGAUUCGAAGAAUUACCAGAUUCUACACCUUAUUUAUAUGGGUAUAAAUGUACACAGGAUAAUACCAUCGAACAAAACGCUGUAAUAGUAGGAAUAUUACACAAGAUAGCUCAAGGAUUUGGUCCUGAAGUAUUCGUUAAGAUAUGCGACACUGAUGGAGAUUUUAUACUAGCAGGUUGUAAUGAGACAGUACCCGAAGAAUUCAAUUAUCCGAUAGCUAAUAAUAGAUUAUGGUUGCAUGACGGUAAAUUUAAGUUGAUCCCCACCUAUUUUUAUCCUGAUAGAGGACUUACAUGGUCCGAAUGUAUCGAAUUUUUAGGCAAGGCUCAUUACAAGCUAAUAACUGAUGAAAAACUGAUGAAGGAAAUUGAUAACAAAUACAUCAAUUCAUUUCCUCAGGAACGAUUAGAUGAUUUACAAUUAUUGAAAGUCAAAAUUGGUGAUGAGAGGUGCCUUGAGAUCUUAAAGGAUAAUCCGGCUGCUUUAAAUUUUAUUGUUAAACAAUUUCAUACAAAUGAUGUCGAAGUUCCUAAUAUUUCGAAAUACAAUGGGAAGGGUGAGGAGUGCACAUUUUUAGUAUCAAAAGUUUCUUUAGAUUUAUUAUCUCUAUAUAUGGAUUCAAGGAGUUUGAAAGAAGAUAAAGAAAACAUAGAAUCUUAUUCUGGUGAGAUCAUAUCAUUGAUGUUGAAAAAGCUGUUAGAGGAUAAGACAUUGUCCGUUCAAGAGGUAGACAAUGUAAAUACAAACUCUGUUGAACGAUAUAAGAAUACCACCUUUUCAAACUUUAAUUUUAAAGACAGAUCAUUAUUGGAUACCAUUAAGUUAAAGGAGGAUAUGGUUCCAGAUCAGGAAUCAUUUAACAAGGUUCUAGAAUUUUUAUCUAAAUCUGGUACCCCACAAGAGAAUAGAAAACAAAAUGUUAAUUCGCAUUCAUCCUUAGAUGCUCGUAAUCCUGAUGUGGAAGCGAAGGACUUUUUUAAAUCCGAAAAUAUAGAUAUUGACGACGAUGAUUUCUUUGAAUUUUUCCUUAAGGAUGGUCUCAAACUUCCUCAAGAAAAGAUAGAUGAAUUACAACACUUCAAUUCAGACUCUGCAACCUUAGAUGAAAAUUCUGUAGAAAAUGACAAAUUCUUGGAUGCGUUUGCUGAUGUGGUAGAUAACAACGAUAUUGAUGAAGGUAUUAUGAAUGCAAUAAACGAAUCAAUGAAAUGGUUAAGUGUUGAAGGAAUGGAAGGGGCACCAUUUGACCAUCUAAAGAGGUAUAUGGACGAAAAUGGGAAAUAA